GGUGUGAGUGUGUGUGUGUGCAUGCGGUCGGGUCGUCGCCCCGUCUUUUUCCAGAAUUUCGAGGAGGCGUGGAGCAGAAGAACCAUGGACCGGGCUGGAAGCCUGUUUGCUUUCCUUAUCGCCAGAGCCCACGCCCUCCACUCGUGCUUGCCCGCCUCGUUGCGUUGCCCAUAAUCGGGCCAUAAUCUCCCCCCGGCGGCGCGUCCGCCUCGCUUGUGCGCCUUGCCUGCGUGCUGUUUCGGAAACAUGGCGUUUUGUCGCCGAGGCGCGCCCUACACAAACUGGCGCCGCGGCCAUCCUGGCAUGUAUAUGUUCACGCCCGCCCUCUGCCGCCGUGAUACGCAACGAGGCCACCUGGCCUCCUCCAAGUUGUGGGACAGCACGCGCAAUCCGACCCAGAUGUGCAAGAUGCUGUUGCGUCAGCUAGACACCACCUCAGUCGACAUCGCCCUUCGGGACCAGGUGUAAUAACCACGUCAGAUAUUGUGCAUCGAUUUACCUUUACCCAGGAAGAAAUAUCGCGCAUGCUAGUAGUAUACAGGAAGAUGUCUUUACAUGCCUGCCAGAGACGAGCAGCGUGUAAAAUGCAUUAAAUGAGAGCGGAUGAGUGGGUGUAUAAGAAGAACACCAGAUGUAUGCGGCCUUGCGCCAUGGCGACUUGCUAAAGGUAUAGAGCAGAGAUGUGCGGCAAGAUAACAACCCCGAAAAAGAAAUCCUGGAAGAGAGCGCGAUACAAACCAUGAGAAACACGAUAUAACAAAACCCAUGCCGCCUCGACGACAGCAUCGCCUCCCAUCUACACUUCGCCCCAGCUGCCCAUCGGCCCCGUGCUGGCAAUGAUGCUCCCGGUGCCCACGGACCCGCCAAUGUCCCAGUAGUGCCGGCUCGAGUGUCGCGACGCCGCCGACGCGACGCUGAAGCUGCCGCUCCGCCUCGUCACCCCAGACCUGCGGGACCGCGGGCUCUGCUGGCUGGCACAGCUCGGCGACCGCUGCCGCGUGUGCAGCGCCGCCGUGACCGCGGGGCCGACUGCCGCGCCCGUGGU